AUGUAAGAAGGGAAAAAAUAGAAAAAAUUCUUUGGGAAAGACAUCAUGAAUCUUCUAAAAUUAAUGGUUCCUGAGAAGAGGUAUUGCAUCUUAGGUAUGACAGUGGUUGGUUUGAACAGUGCUUUGCUUCUGUAUCUACCCUAAGUGACAACUGAUAUAGCAAAAUUACAAGAAUUAAAAUAUGAUCAGGAAAAUAAAGAAAAGAGUCAAAAGACUAAUAUGUAUUAUCAUCUAAAAUGGGGAGGUGUAUGUUUACUUGGAAUGUUCUUAGGAGGGGCUCGUAGAUUUCUAAAUACAUAAAUCAGUAAUCGAGUAGGAAUGAGAAUGAGAUAUGCUAUGUUUUAGAAAUUAAUGAGUACUAGAGAUACUCAAUCGUUGCAUUCACAAUAAUUAGUUCAUAAAUUAUCAAAUGAUGUUAGUUUAGUGUCUACGGGAUUAUCAUAGGAUAUAUUUAUAAUGAUUAGAGGAUUUAUAACUACAAUAGGAGGAGCAGCCUAUUUGUCAUAUUAUGCAUUUCCUUUGUUGGCAUCUGCUAGUGCAGCAGCAGCUGUAAUGGGAGGAUCAGCUAUUUUAUUAGGAAAAUAUAUGUCCUAAUUUAAAGUCAAGGAAACACAAGAAUUAGGGUCUUUAAGUGAAGUAUCAUAAGAAAUGCUACAAGCACACAGAUUAAUCAAAUUGUCUGACAUGGAAAAGAAAGAAAAUCAAAGAUAUUCAGCAUAAUUAUUUAGAUGGUAUGAAUAAGCAACUUAAUUUUCUAAAAUGUAAGCUUUAAAUAUGGGAUUGAUGGAAGGAGGAGGCUUGUAUGCUCUAAUUUUGAUCUUAUUCUAAGGUUGUUACUUAGUUGCCACUGGACAUUUAGAUCCAGAGUUAGCAAAAUACUUUAUCUAAGCAGUCUAUAUGGCCUCAGGAACUAGAGUAAUGAUAGCUAUUUAUAAUGAAUUGGUUAAGACUGCUGCUAUUUAUAAUACUAUACUUGAUAUUCAUCCAAAUCUUCAUGAAUCUGAAUUAUAUAAUCAGCCAGAUCUAACUAAGAAUUAUAGAGAGUAUAUAAGACAAGAUGAUAUUUUGAAGGCUCAAUUGCUAAAUCCACCUUAAAGUGCUGAACAUACUAAAGAAUGGUAAGAAUUGUAUGAAAAUUCUACAAUUCCACCCCCAAGUAUCUCAUUUGAGAAUGUUCAAUAUUCCUAUCCAAAUCAUGAGAAUUCUACACUAACAUUCAAUCUAUAAAUAAAUUCAGGUGAAAUAGUUUUAUUAUAAGGACCAAGUGGAUCAGGUAAAACCACUGCUUUAAAUUUAUUAACAAAAUUAUUAACUCCAUCAUCAGGAGAGAUCUUAAUUGAUGGUGAACCUUUAUCUAAAAAGGAUUUUAAAUGGAUUCAACAACAUGUCUCUUAUGUUUAAUAAGAUGGAAUUAUAUUUAAUGCAACUGUAUACGAGAACAUCAUUUAUGGCAAUCAUGGGUAUGAUUAGAGUAUGGAAAGAGUUGUUUGGGCAGCUAAAAUGUCAAGUGCUCAUGAUUUUAUAGAGAAUAUGUAAAAUAAAUAUUAGACUAAAUUAAAAUCAGAUGGAACCACCUCGUUAUCUGGAGGUUAGAAAUAAAGAAUUGUAUUGGCAAGAGCUAUUCUAAAGAAUCCAAGAAUUCUCAUUCUAGAUGAAGCAACAUCUAAUAUAGACAGUCAAUCUGAAACAGAUAUCAUAUAAGCUUUAAUGGAGAUUUGUAAAGAAAAAACAGUCAUUAUUGUUUCCCAUAAAAUAGAAAAUUAUAAACCCUUAUUAACAAGAUUCAUUAAUUUAGACAAAUGA